AAGGUAACGCUAUGAAGCUGCUCUUGAUUUCAGUAUUACUGAGCUUUAUUUCCAAUAUAUUCACAGAAUCACCAACUGAUCCAGAAGUUGCAGGAAAUGCUCCAAUCGUGCUCCCUACUGGAACAUUCUCUCAACAAGAAGUAAACGGCCUGAAAGAACACAAUCGGUUCCGUGCGAUACAUGAUGCGCCGCCCAUGACACUUGAUCGUGAAAUGUGCAAUUCCGCUGCCCAGUGGGCCAAAUACAUCGCGGAACAAGGCUCUCUUGAACAUUCAACUGAAGAUCAAAGACCUGAACAAGGAGAGAACCUAUCUAUGGGAUGCUCCUCAGACAAGGCUCAAACAGUAAAGGAGGCUGUUGCAAACUGGUAUAACGAGCUUUGUAACCCCGGCUACUAUGGACUAGGUGAGUUAGAGACUGGGCCUGAUGAAGCAGGGCACUUCUCGCAGGUGGUGUGGAAAGAGAGUACCAAGCUUGGAAUCGGACGUGCAGAGAUUGAACAAAAUGGUAUGAAAUGUGCUUACAUCGUUGGCAGAUACAAUCCGCCCGGAAAUGUUCAAGAAUCCUAUAAACAGAAUGUUCUCAAAGGGUCUUUUAACCGAGAAGUCUACUGCCCAACAGCUGUGAAAAAAGAUGUGAUGAGAGCGGAUUAACUCGAUCAGAGAGUGGCUUACUACUAUCAAGAGAAAAUAGCGGAGUCCAAUUAAUUUCCAUUACUGCCACUUAUAAUCAUUCGAUUGUGCGAUGAUAAAACGACCAGUUAAGCUUCGAAAUCACACCUGCUCCCAAAUUGAAUGGAACGAUGGCGAAGAAAGUCACAAUCUACCUCUGAAAAAAUUCCUGGCCAAACCUUGUCAAGGCCCCCUAACAGACUUGUGGUUACUUGAUGACAAAUGAUAGUAGUUUGAGAGCGCAGCAAAUCCAAACCCGAGGAAACUUC